AUGCGCAAUGCUCGGAUUCCCGCACACUUAGAUGCCCUUGAAAGCACUCAAGAUCAACCUACAAGGCCGAUGGGUGAUGUCGAUGAAGCAGUUCGGCGUGGCUUUCUAGCGCUUCAGGUCGCUGUUAAGUCCCCGCCCUUAGAGAACAAUGAUCUCGACGCAGCGUUACAGUGUUAUGCAGCGCGUCUAGUGGAGCUUUCCCCAAGCUUAGACGCUCUCGGAAACAGUUCACUGACAGGUGAUGUCGAUGCGCUCCUCGAGAAUCUUGGGAAGCAACUAUACUUCCGACACGGCCAAACAGAAAAUAUCGAUCAUCUCAACUUAGCGGUCGAGUACUCUCGGCUUGCGACUAAGAUAACUGCUUCUAACCAUCCCGACUACAAAACGCGCCUUGAUUUUCUGGCGGAACUACUCGAAACUCGAUUCAAAUCUGAGGGAUUUGGUCCUGACAUUGUUGAUGCGGUUCAACUCACUCGUGACGCAGUCAUCGCCACAAAUCAUAACGACGAUGAAAUUGUGUGCCGCUGGUCCGACCUCGGAGAAAGGCUCGGAAGACUAUAUGGCUCUGGAGGAACUAUCGCCGAUAUCGACGAAGGGAUUCAGUACCUUUCCCAAGCGGUCAAAGUCACUAAAGAUCCUAUUUUCUUAUUCGAUCGCUUGAUUGAGCUCGCUUUCUGUUUAGAGCUCCGAUUCGAGGAAUUAGCAGAGCUAAAAGAUAUCGAUAAGGCGAUUUCACUACGUCCUCUUCAAGCUACCGAUGAUCAGGACGAAUCAUGGUUACAUUGCCUGCAAGGUCUUGGAAGCGAUAUGGAAGCCCGAUAUAGACAUACUGGAGAACCCUCUGACCUCCAGGAAGCGACCAGGGAAGCUCACAAUGCAAUCAAGGCAAUGGUGGCCAUCAGCCCUGAAGUGGGUGCUGAUUUUAGGACACGCAUGGAUGUUUUUCGCCACCUCGAAAACUUGUUAACACUUCGUCAUAAGAAAACACACCAGAUCAAUGACUGUGAAGAAGCAGCCAGGUGGGCAGACGAAGCAGCCAGGUGGGCAGGAAAAGCAGCCAAGUGGGAAAAAGCAGAUCAUUAG